CAGAACGGCACGUGGUCGCCCGCGGGCAAACGCAGUCUCUUUGCCCAGAGGAGACAUUCCCCCUCAGCACGAGUCUGAAGAAUUGACUGCUGCGGAGUGGAGGAUGCGCGUCAGACUGGCGGCCAUCCGUGAGCGUCACCGACUUGAAAGGCCCGUCACGCCGCCCCCUGCCAUUGUCAUACCUGUGUACACUACAGAGAACCUGGACUGGCAGGGCUACUCGCGCCGUGACGGUGCCAAUGGGACCUCACUCCAAGCGCAAGUGGAAGCAUCGUGGAGAGUGUUCGAUGAGUACAUGGCCAGCAUUCAACAGUAGCUGAGCGUUUUUUUCAUUCUCAUGAAAACGCGUGUUCUUUUACUUUCAAGGACAUGGAGACUUGAACUUUUUCUUUUUUUUCUUUCUGUUCUGUUCUUUCUCCUCAGCGGCUUGGUUUUCAUGUCUCUCGAACGGUGCUCUUCUCCUUUUUCAGCGAUGCUUCUGCGACACUUCAUUUCUUUUCUGCUUUUCAGCUACACAGCGCUUUGGUUUUCUUGGUUUUCUCAGCGGCAUUUCUUUCUUCAGCGACAUUGUUUUUUUUCAGCGGCAUUGAGUGGUGGUUAUUUGGUUUCUUCAGCGUGAGCCUUUGUGCUCUUGGCGAUUGUUAUUUUGGGUCUUGUUGGAGCUUCGCGUUUUGGUCUUCAUAUACCAAUAUCACCAGCGUUCUUCAUCUUUCACUUACAUGCAACUGUGUGACUGGUGACUCUCAUGCAAGUGUAACUCUGUCCUCUGCAUCGCACGGCUUGGGUUGCCCAUCCACGUGGCCCCAACGGUCUGUGGCAAGCUUUGUUGGAAGCUCAAUG